AUGGCUGACAUUGUAAUGUCAUGUUGUAUGUCUGACCAAGAAAGAGAGCAAAAGAGUCGAAGCAGGAGCAUAGACAAGACUCUAGCCAAGGAGAAAAUCCAGUUUCGAAGGACAAUUAAGAUUCUGUUACUUGGAGCUGGAGAAAGUGGUAAAAGUACUUUUUUGAAACAAAUGAGAAUAAUCCAUGGACAAGAUUUUGAUGAUGAAGCCCUUCGAGAGUAUAAAGUUGUUAUUUUUGCAAACAUCGUCAAAGGUAUGCGUGUGCUUAUUGAUGCUAGAGACAAGUUAGGAAUACCAUGGGGAAAUGAAGCAAAUGCGAAACAUGCAAGCUUUGUGUUUAGUUAUGACACCAACAACAAAUUAGAUGAUACAUCUUUCUGGGACUAUGUUGAGCCCAUGAAGAUCCUGUGGGGAGAUUCUGGUAUAUUAGCUGCCUUUGACAGGAGACGAGAGUUUCAACUGGGUGAGUCACUGAAGUACUUCCUCGACAGUCUCCAUAGGAUUGCACAGAAAACCUACAUUCCAACCAAGCAGGAUAUUCUCCAUGCCAGGAAGGCAACAAAAGGCAUCAUAGAGCACACCAUUGACAUCAGUGGCGUGCCGUUCUUGUUUGUCGAUGUGGGAGGUCAAAGGUCGCAAAGACAAAAGUGGUACCAGUGUUUCGAGGGUAUAACGUCCAUUCUAUUUCUGGCAUCCUCCAGCGAGUAUGACCAGGUGUUGCUCGAGGACAGAAAAACCAACCGUUUACAGGAAUCCUGCAGUAUAUUCGAGACAAUUAUAAACAACAGAAAUUUCAAAAAUGUAGCAAUUAUCUUGUUUUUGAAUAAAUUUGAUCUGCUCCAAGAGAAAGUGACACUUGUAAGUAUCAAAGACUACUUUCCGGAGUUUGAUGGAAACCCAAAUAACCUGGAGGAUGUGCAGAACUUCAUGUUGAAUAUGUUUGAUUCACGGCGCCGUGAGCGUGUGAAGCCACUCUUUCACCAUUUCACCACAGCAAUAGACACAGAGAAUAUCAAGUUUGUUUUUCAGGCAGUUAAAGACACCAUUCUUCAGGACAAUCUCAAGUCUCUGAUGCUGCAGUGAGGUAUAUUCAUCAGUCUGACCCAGGGGAUGGUUAGUAAUUAAGGUACAAUCUUGAUGAUGCUCCAGCCCUUCUGCCAUCUGUAGGGUUCAGGUAGAGAGGCCCCUGGAACUAGCUUGAACAGCCCCUUGGAUGUGCCGGGCAAAAGUUAGCUAUUUGCUAAACGCUUUGGAUAUUAUAAUGUGGCUAUUUUUCUACACCCAGUGUUGGAUAUAUCGAGCCAGCCUCUCUCCCACCGCCAGACCAACGGGCCAGAUGUACCCAAUGAAACAGUGACUGUUUAAACUGCUGACUUGAAAGGGCCUGAAAAAGGUUUCUUAUCCCACCUCAUUGUAUGUACUGACUUUAGUCUGCUAUCGCACAUGUCAAGGUGCUGUGUUCUGCUACUACCAAAUCGGAAGUAUUGACCUUAGAUAGGGCUUUGAUGCAGUUUGUUUCUUAUAGAAGUUACGAAAUAAAUGACGGAAAUGUUGCCGCAUACGGUGAUUAUGAACAUUUUACUCGUGUAUAAAGACCUGCCGUGAUUGAUCGUAUCUUGUGUAACCUGUUAUAAAUAAUGCCUUAUAAGGCUGGACUGUCUGCUGCGAUCUUUGAAAGCUGCGUAAUUAUCAUAAACCCUUUUCUACUUCGGUGUAUUUUUUUUCAGUUAGUUUAUAAAUUGGCUAUAGCUGACAGUAAAUACAGCGAUACCUGCUCAAGAUUGAACUCUAGCGGUGGAUCAUGAUUUCGUAAUAAAAUAGUGUUGACAUAUGUUAGUUUGAAGAUUUUUGCAUGUAUGGUGAAGGAUGGUAACAAUAAGCAUAUUAGUAUUGAUACAUUUCAUACACUACAUAAUAUACAUGUAUAUCUAUUUGGGAUUGGUGUUUUGUACACAUCAGACACUUAUUAGCCGAUAUACAUACCCUUUUGAAAUGGUUUUUCUCAAUGAAGGUAAAUAUUUUUUAACUCACAGUAUAUAUUAUUAUCUUGAUACAGAAGGCUGAAAGCCUGUAAGCUUUGUGAAAGCAACAUGACAUUAGGUCCAUUGUCUGUUGCAUCUUAUUGUUAAUUUUUUUUUUUAGAUUCGCAAUUUACAAUCAAAUUAAGAAACGAUCACCCUAUUGGCUAGGCUAUUUUGACUUUUUAAGUUCAUCAGAUCAUUGUUAUUUAUGAAAUUGAAACUUGCUGUUUCUCUUAAAUAAUAUGUCACAUAUUCUACCAAGUUCUGCCAUGUACAUGACUGGUACCCAUGUCAUAAUAUUGUAAGACAUGUAAUACUGUUGUAGAUUUUCAUAACUAAAUGAUGUCACAAUUGUCUGAACAAUUAAAUAAUGUCUGGCUCGGCUCAAAAUGUUUUGUACAGGGAAACUAAUGAUUUUAUUGUUGUUUUUUUUUUCUAUUUUCUGUAGAACAUAAGUUAUGUGAUAAAUAGGAUAUUAUAUUUGUGUGUACGUCAUAUUGCAUUUAUCAAACUCGUCCAAUGGUUUCAUAUGGAAUUACCUAACGGUAUGUGUUAUGUUCAGUUCAAAUUAUUGCACUCGUAUAAAUAUAUAUUCAGUAUGACUUAACUCCUCAAGUAAGACCCUUUCAUAAAUCUUAAUUGUAAUGCUUUGUAAGAAAUCCAAGAUGGCCACCGAAGUCUGAAAUUGUCAAACUUUGUCUAACAUUAAUUUCCUUGCUAGGAUUUAGAUAGCAAGUAAAUACAUUUGAGGUUGAGUGGCCCUGUUAGCCUCAUGUCACUGGUUUGGGGUUUUAAGGACAGGGUGGAUGGGAAAGAGGUUAGGGGUAGGGAUAAAUCAUUUCUAAUUCUUAUAAUUACAAAUGCAUAAAAUGGUUAUGAUCCAAAGAUUUAUUUAUCAAAUUAUGAUUGGCUAGCACAAGUGAUGAUGUGCAUAAUGAUUGGAUGAGAUCUGUGAUGAUGUGAUUGAAUGAAAGGUAAUUACUUAUGCUAAAACCUUUAUAUAAGCAUGAUUAUGCUUUGACUGACCUCCUGACAAAGUAUAUAUAUUGCUCAGUGUGUGAUCGCGUCGACCCAAAAUGGUUGUGAUAUACAUAUAAGGGUACUGGGAGUACACUUACUGCUAGUACACCACCAGUGUCACAGCCUGUAUAGCUACAGUUGUAUUGUUUAUGUGUGACUGUUAAUGUACUCCAUUUGUUCCCGUGUGAA